AUGUCGCCUUCACCUCAGCAUCGAAAUGCAGUCGUGAUGCCAGCUGACGGCACCGAAUCGAGUCGUUUGAGUAGCUCCAGAGAGGACACGAGCCUCUUCCACGAAAUCCACGAGACCGUUCGCAGGUUGUUGCAACAUAUAGUUUUCCUCUUUUUACUCACCCUCCGACUCUACAUACUUCCUCUUCUUUACCUUUCUCACAAACUGGCCGUACGCGACGAUCCUUGGUACCCAGCAACCUGGAAUUUCUUGCUGCAUCCUGGUCGAACUCUGGCCCAGUGUACCCGAUGUCGGAAAAGAGAUGGCAGUGUCACAAUCGUUGAAACAUGGCAUAACGUUCGAGAUGGAUUCUGUGCUCCGCUCAGAAUAUUCAAAACCCUCUACUCCCUGGGCAAGAUCAUUACCGAAGAUCCCAACACGAUGCAGCCUUCCUCGCUUCCGUUGUCGGACGCUGCCCCCGAUAGUGCCAUUGACGUCCAAAGUGAGCAUGAUGGUCCCUUGAGACUCUGUAACCCGGACUCCCCGGAUUCUCAGCUCGACGUCCCGGCAAGUACUUCGCAAAUCUAUCAUGCUGCGCUGCUCAACGGAAGCACUUUGGAUAACAUCCUUGCCGCCUUCGAAACUGAUAGAACUCUGGCAGCACCUCGCCGUGAACCGGUUCCUAGCCAUCAAAGUCCCGUGCCGGUUUCCAACAACGAGCGUGAGGCCAUGCUGGAUCUGUGCAGGGGACAUCAUCGCCGCAGUUCCAGCAUCCAGACAACCCCCGAACGAAUGCUGAUGCCGCCAAAGGCUACUGAGAAUUCUGCUUCCUGCCCAGCCCGGAUCAGCAAAGAACACAUCCAGAAGGAACCAAAGACGCCGAUCCAGAAGUCCAAUGAGCCUCAAGUAAAAGUGAGGCUCAAUGAUGAAGGCGAGGAUCCAGCUAUCAGAAGCAGUGCUGGCUCUUCAGCAUCAUGUCAUGGACGCCAUGCCUCUGGCGGGCCUUCUCGCGAUAAAUGUGUGAACUCAACUACUCUGAAGCGUUGUCCUACAUUUGUGCGAAGGCAGACUCAAUCACGCCUCCAGACACGCCCCGACAGACAGUCGCUUGCCGUUUUGGAAGAGAGAGGGGCAAUGACAUCUCCAGCACUAGGCUUGGGCUCGCCGACUAAGCAUGCUAGGCUGCGGCGUAAAGUGAAGGUAUACCAGGACACAGGUAAAGCGCUGGAUGCCUGA